AUGCUCAACAACCUGGCCGCCAGCGAACAACAGCGCCAGCUCGAGUGCUUCAAUGAGAUCUGGCAGUCACGGCAGGUGCCAGAGGCAUGGCGCACAGCAAUUGUGGCACCCAUCCUCAAGGCCCGAAAACCGGCUAAGGAACUGUCAUCCUGUCGACGGGUUUCCCUAACAUCCGCUACCUGCAAGGUGAUGGAGGCCAUGGCCCUGGCACGACUGGACUGGGUGGCCCGUGCUCGCGGCUUCCUGGCAAACCAACAGACGGGCUUCCGGCAGCGACGGUGCACUGUGCACUCCAUCGCUGACAUGGUGUCCACCCUGGAGUACGCCAAGGCCGGUAGAGACUUCGUGAUGCUCUUGCUGAUCGACGUACAGGGUGCCUCCGACUGCCUCCCUCACGCAGUUUUCCAGCAGGACUUGGACCUCCUCAGAACCUGUGGCAACCUUCGGGAGUUCCUCUCGUCGUUCCUGCACAAUCGCACCCUUAGGGUACGUGUGGAUCAAUCGAAGAGCGCCCCCGUCCAGUCGCUGCAGGCGUGCCACAGGAGUCAGUGGUGA